UAAUGGAAACCAGUUUCUAAAACAUGUGAUGCAUUUAACAAUAAACAAGCUGACCUCUCCGAGCUCUUUCACUUCUGUGCAAAAAGUUGUUCGAGGUGUUAUUAAGAAAGUAGCACUAUGGCAGUUCCAAAUGUGGAGAUUAAAUACAACAAGAUCUUUAUCAAUAAUGAAUGGGUUGAUGCAGUAAGUGGUAAAACCUUCCCUACUAUCAAUCCAUGCACUGAAGAGAAGAUUUGCGAUGUUGCAGAAGGAGAUAAGGCAGAUGUUGAUCUUGCUGUCAAAGCUGCCAGAGAGGCAUUUAAACGAAAUAGCCCAUGGCGAACCAUGGAUGCGUCGUGUCGUGGUGAACUUUUGAAUAAACUUGCUGAUUUAAUCGAACGGGACCGGGCAUACUUGGCUGACUUGGAAACACUUGAUAAUGGGAAGCCUCGAAAUAUCUCUUUUGCUGUUGACUUACAUCUUGUUGUGAAAUGUUACAGGUACUAUGCUGGAUGGGCUGAUAAAAUACAGGGAAAAACCAUUCCUAUUGACGGUGAUUUCUUUUGUUACACUCGACAUGAACCAAUUGGUGUAUGUGGUCAGAUCAUACCAUGGAACUUUCCAUUGCUCAUGCAAGCCUGGAAACUUGGUCCUGCUCUUGCAGCUGGAAAUACAAUCGUCAUGAAACCAGCCGAACAAACGCCUUUGACAGCUUUAUACAUUGCUCAACUUAUCAAAGAGGCUGGAUUUCCACCAGGUGUGGUAAAUCUCGUUCCCGGUUACGGCCCAACAGCUGGAGCUGCCAUUUCUGAACACAUGGAUAUUGAUAAAGUUGCUUUUACUGGAUCCACUGAAGUUGGAAAAAUAAUUCAACAAGCUGCCGGUCGAACAAACUUAAAGAAUGUCACUCUUGAACUGGGCGGGAAAAGUCCUCAUGUUGUAUUCGAUGAUUGCGAUUUGAAGCAAGCUGUGGAAUUAUGUCAUUUUGGUUUGUUUUUCAAUCAAGGCCAAUGCUGUAUCGCAGGGUCAAGGGUUUUCGUUCAGGACACCGUAUAUGACGAAUUUGUUAAACUAUCAACAGAAAGAGCACAAAAGAGGUCGGUUGGUAGCCCAUGGGAUGCGUCUAACGAACAAGGACCACAGGUCGAUAAAAUGCAAUUUGAUAAGAUUGUCGAACUUAUUGAAAGUGGAAAGAAGGAAGGCGCAUCAUUGAAAUGUGGUGGCAGUCGUCAUGGUGACAAAGGUUACUUUAUCCAACCAACAGUGUUUUCAGAUGUAACUGACAACAUGAGAAUUGCGCAAGAAGAGAUCUUCGGUCCUGUUAUGCAAAUUUUAAAGUUCAGUUCGAUGGAGGAGCUGAUUGAGCGAGCCAACAACACCGCAUUUGGAUUAGGUGCCGCUGUUAAUACGUCCAGUCUGGACAGAGCGCUUGAGUUCUCACAUGGCGUUCGUGCAGGAACUGUGUGGGUAAAUUGUUUCGACAACUUCACAGCCGCUGCUCCAUUUGGUGGUUACAAAAUGUCUGGUGCUGGUCGCGAGUUGGGAGAGUAUGGACUUACUCAGUACUCUGAAGUGAAAACGGUGAUGAUCAAAAUACCAAAGAAAAACACGUGAAGAUUUUGCACAUCAUUCGAUACGUCAUUUUAAAACAAAUAUACCAUGCAUUCGAUCAUGAUAUGAACAUGUACAUUUUUUUUCAUAAAAAGAUAGAAAUUUAUAGCCUUUA